AGCCCGGCGGCUGCUGGAGGACUCGGGCCGAGCGUGGCGGGACCCCCCCAAACCCCAGGCGCCCCGGAACGACACGACUUGUUUCUACGCAGAAUCCAACGUGGCAGGCUCCAGAACGGGACACUUGGUCCUUGAGUGAUCUCUAGGCCCCAGCCCCGAAUCUGCCACCAUUCCGUGCUGCGGGGACACCAUGGCUCCAGAGGAGGACGCUGGAGGGGAGGCCCUUGGAGGCAGUUUCUGGGAGGCUGGUAACUACAGGCGCACAGUACAGCGGGUGGAGGACGGGCACCGGUUGUGCGGGGACCUGGUCAGCUGCUUCCAGGAGCGUGCCCGCAUCGAGAAAGCCUAUGCCCAGCAGCUGGCUGAAUGGGCCCGCAAGUGGAGGGGUGCCGUGGAGAAGGGCCCGCAAUAUGGUACACUGGAGAAAGCCUGGCACUCUUUCUUCACGGCGGCCGAGCGGCUGAGCGCACUGCACCUGGAGGUGCGGGAGAAGCUGCAGGGACAGGACAGUGAGCGGGUUCGAGCCUGGCAGCGGGGGGCCUUUCACCGACCGGUCUUGGGGGGCUUCCGUGAGAGCCGGGCAGCAGAGGAUGGCUUCCGCAAGGCCCAGAAACCCUGGCUGAAGCGACUAAAAGAGGUGGAAGCUUCCAAGAAGAGUUACCAUGCCACACGGAAGGAGGAGAAGACGGCACAGACCCGCGAGAGCCAUGCCAAGGCCGACAGCGCCGUGUCCCAGGAACAGCUGCGCAAGUUGCAGGAGCGUGCAGACCGCUGCACCAAGGAAGCCGAGAAGGUGAAAACCCAGUACGAGCAGACGCUGGCUGAGCUGCAUCGCUACACACCACGCUACAUGGAGGACAUGGAGCAGGCCUUCGAGAGCUGCCAGACCGCUGAGCGCCAGCGGCUUCUCUUCUUCAAGGACAUGCUGCUCACCUUCCACCAGCAUCUCGACCUCUCCAGCAGCGAGAGGUUCCACGAGCUCCACCAGGACCUGCAUCAGACCAUCGAGGCAGUCAGUGAUGAGGAGGAUCUUCGCUGGUGGCGCAGCACCCAUGGGCCGGGCAUGGCUAUGAACUGGCCGCAGUUUGAGGAGUGGUCCUUGGACACGCAGAGGACUAUCACCCGGAAAGAAAAGGGCGGCCGGAGUCCAGAUAAGGUUACUCUGACCAGCAUCAUACCCACAAGAGAUGGCACUGUGCCCCCGCCCCAGUCCCCGGGGUCCCCAGGUGGUGGGCAGGAUGAGGAAUGGUCCGACGAGGAGAUUGCCCGCAAAGCAGCUGCUGGGAUACGGGUGCGGGCACUGUAUGAUUAUGCUGGCCAGGAAGCUGAUGAGCUGAGUUUCCGUGCAGGGGAAGAGCUGCUGAAAAUGAGCGAGGAGGACGAGCAGGGCUGGUGCCAGGGCCAGCUGCAGAGUGGCCGCAUCGGCCUGUAUCCUGCCAAUUACGUGGAGUGUGUGGGAGCCUGACCUGCCUCAACGUCCCUUCUGUGAUGUUCUCCAUCCCGAGUCAGAGCCCAGCUGCUCUCGGACAGUGUCACCUGGGGGCCCUGAGCCCCGAACCCCUCUGUCUCCUGAGGAGGGAGGCCAUCCCAUGACCUGCCUUUGGGAAGGGACAUUGAUGGGCAGGGUUAUCUGAGCCCCAGAUUAAGAGAAGCACGGUGGGGAAGGGGGUGACAGAGUCUCCCCAGGAGCCUUGGGCUCAGUUCUUGGUCCUGUGUCUUGGGAUUCCUGGGCGUGAACUUGGACUGAGUUUAUUUCUGGGCUAGCAACACCUUCUGUGGUUCGUUCUAGUGUGUAUUAAA